AUGCUUCGAACGCUUGUGGUAGCGAGCGUUGCGGCCCUCGCGGCGGGUGCGACGACGCUCAACCUCGCACUCGGCUGCAACGCGUCGACACCGUACCCGUACCAGCCCCGGUCGCUCUGCACGGACGCUGCGUUCGUCCAAACCAUCACGGGCCCCGAAGCCUCGACACUCAUCCAACUGCAUUUUGCCUCCUUCUCCUUGCCGCCGACCGACUACCUCGUGCUCUCGGGGUUCGAAAAUGGCACGCGCAAAGACAUUUUCUACUAUGGCCAGCACAUCCCGCAUGGCGCGAGCUUCAACGCGACCCCGAUCUUUAACCGCACGAUUACGCUCUCGCUGUACACGGGCAUCUUCAACCCGAACCGCGGUGGCGCCUGCGCGGGCUUCCACAUCGACUAUAUGAUUACAGCCGUGCCCGGCGAAGGCGUCGAGGCCCAGUGCGGGCCCAAGGACGUGACGAUGGAGGCGGCUUGCUUUGAGGGCUCGCCCGGCAUUUGGCGCAACGCGCAAGCCGUCGCGCGCCUCGUCAUCAACCGCGGCGGGUCACUCGCAGGCUGCACGGGCUGGCUCCUCGGCAACCAAGGCCACUUUGUCACAAACAACCACUGCAUCAAAUCGGCGGCGGACGCGGCCGGCACGCGCUUCGAGUUCAAGGCCCAAGCCACCAAGUGCCCACCGCCGGGCACCGAUUACUGCAAGAGCCAGCUCGCGUGCCCGGGCGAAAUCUACUCGGGCAGCGUCCAGUUUGUGUACACGAGCUCGUUCUUGGACUAUACGAUUGUCAAGCUCGACGCGUGGGUAGCGCAGAAAUACAACUACCUUCGGUUGCGCGCGCGCGGCCCGACGCUGCUCGAGCCGAUCUAUAUUGUCGAGCACCCGAACGCGUAUGGAAAGCGCAUUAGCAACAAGAACGGCGACGGCAUCGCGCAGCUCCGAGGUCCGUUCACGGCCACACAGGCUCUCUACCAUCUCGACACGCUGCCCAUGGCGUCCGGAUCACCGAUCCUCGGGGUCCGGGACAACUUGGUCGUCGCGCUGCACCACGGCGGCUUCAUUAACUGCCCCAACGUGGGCAUUCGCAGUGAAUUAAUUUUCAACGAUCUCAAGCGUGUCGGCCUCCUUCCGCGCGAUUCGUGGAAGUAG